AGCUGCUUCCAAAACCCCAAAAUAUCUCCCAUGUGGCAAGCUUGACGCCCAUAACCCCUUACCACAGAUCUAGGGUCUGAUAAGCCUACCCCAAAUCCUGAACUUUGAGAAAAUAUCUGAGCAUGUAUCAGUGACGUCUACUAACUGGAAGGUACAGGACGAUGGACUGACUGCUGGUGAGGCAUGGCGAUGGCCAAUCCUAAAGUCUUCCACUCUCUGGUUAGAAGUUUCCCAUGAGCAGAUCUAGGAUCAGCGUACCCUGCGCCAGUCCUAAUUAUAACUUUGGGUGGAAAAUAGUUGGAACAGAGCUUGGAUCAGCGUCUACAGGCAACUCCUUAUUUGAGUAAUAUGAAGUGGGUGGGCCUUCAUGAGAGGUGUUCGCAAAGUCUGCCCCAUCCAGAAGCUUCUCUCUCAUUACCCAGUCCCUCUUCCACCUCUCUCUUCCCCUCUUUUUUUGAUCCAGCACUCACUAGCACAUGCUUCAGGAGCUCUGGAGACUCAGUCCAGUCGUCCUAGCUCAACACAGGAACCAUCAUGGCCAACUGCAGCAGUGUAUCCAGACUCGUCCUUCUGGUCCUGCUAGGCCUCUGGGUAGCCACCAUCCACUCAGAGACCGUGGAAGACCCCACGCCAACUUUACAAGGGGACAACCAGGACACACUGUCCGGUGGCGGGACAUAUGACGUCACCACCAAAGAUCCCUUCAAGGACAUGACGGAGAGAGUGUUAACCUUCGAGUAUGAGGACACCACCCACUCACAGGUCAUGGAUGAGGAGGAAGGUGUCCUGGGCCCGGGCGCCAUCACAGCUAUUGUCAUCGCUGUCUUCCUGGGGGCUUCAGUCCUCCUCGCCCUCAUUGUCAUCACACUCAGGAAGUUCACCGCUUCCUAGAGCCACAACUUCCUCUUCCUCCCUUUCAAUCUCUCACA